AUGCCUAUUACUGGACAUACAGAGCUCGAUAAUCCAAGUACUUCUAAAUAUAUUGAAGGCGUCUCAGUAAAACCUCCUCCUUUUUGGAAUGAAACUCCGAAAUUAUGGUUUGCGCAUAUUGAAGCUCAAUUUAAGAAUAGUAAUGUUUCGGCUGAAAUUACAAAGUACAACAUCACCGUUGCUGCCUUGGAACAGAAAAUUUUGAAUACGGUAAGUGAUAUAGUUUUAUCACCUCCCGAAGAAACUCAAUAUACCGCAAUUAUAGAAGCACUUAUUGCUCGUUUGAGUGAUUCCGAAAGUGUUCAACUAAAAAUGCUCUUCUCCGAACUAGACCUUGGCGAUAAGCGCCCUAGUCAAUUGCUACGCGAAAUGCGAAAUUUGGCGAUUGGUAAAGUAAAUGACAAUGUCUUAAAACCACUUUGGUUACAACAAUUGCCGCAGCAAGUUCAAGCCAUUUUAGCUGUCAGCACUGAAGCUCUUGAUAAACUGGCUGAAAUGGGCGAUAAAAUUUUAGAAACUUGCGGCAGGUACCAGUGCGUUGGCGAAUUUUCUGCCAAUACAAAUCCAGGAGCGACUAAAUCAGAAAGUCUGACUUUAUCAACAAUAUUAGACAAAAUUAAUGAACUUUCUAAAGAAGUUCGCGAGCUGCGAAGAUCACGCAGUACCUCUAGAAAUAGGAACCAUUUAAAUCGCCGAAGUUCCAAUUAUAGGAACCGAUCAAAAUCUAGAGAAGGUAUUUGUUGGUAUCAUCGUCGUUUUGGUAAAAAGUCAACCAGAUGCACUAAACCCUGUUCAUUUGUUGCUGAUUUCGAAAAAUCGGAAAACUAA